UACUGACCAUUGUCUACAUCCCUAACCCGCACCGCGGAAUGACCAAAGAAGUUCUCCAGAAGUACGGGCACCACUUUGGCCGCGUCGUGUCUGUCAAGGUAGAGAAUGCCGGCGAGGUGUCAAGCGAGACGAUUGGCCAGUUCCCACUCAAAAGUGGCCACGAUAAUCGCGGAUACGCCUUUGUCAUGUUUGACACAACACAGGCCGCCCUCAAGUUCAUACAGGGCCUCGCAGCCAGUGGGAUCACCGCUCAGUUUGGCCGUGAGACGGCACAUCUUAAGCACCAGGCACUCCAAGACCCCCAUUCGUCUAACUGCUACUUCGCCGACAUCCCGCUCGACUUCACCGAGAAUGAUAUGCGCCAGCUUGUCUACCCGGCUCGCAUUGCGUCGAUGCGCUUCCUUACGGACAGCAGUGGGAACCGCCGCGGAACAGCCAUGGUCCGAAUGGACAGCCGCCAUCAAGCUGAGGAGGUUAUUGAACGCCUCAAUUUGAGGUACACUCUCCCAGGAUGCACCAAGCCAGUACAGAUCCGCAUCGCAGACUCCGAGAACCAGAAGGCUUUCAAGCAGAAUGUGUCUCGUUCUCGGAAUCCUGGCCCCGGUAUUAGCAACAUCUAUGAGAGCUCUCCAAACUCGAGUGCGACCUCGCGCCGCAGCUCCAGCUUCAGUAGCAAUGAGGACACUCACGAGGUUCACUAUCCAGCCACGAAGUUUCACUACAUUCAGCAACUUGUGCUCGAGCAGCAGCGACAGGCGGGGCUGCGGCACUCGUAUGAGCAAGAGGAAGCAGCCAUGCGACGCAUCAUCGAUGUGUCCCACAUGCUUGACGUCUGCCAGGACUCGCAUCACGUCUCCGUCAGGAGCGGUGUGUCCGAUGCAACCCCGCGCUUCGUGCCGCCGUCCCAGAGUCCCGAGGCCGCCAGCCCCCUCCAGGCUUACUCGUGGAGUGCUUGGUCAGACGGCACAGUUGCUCCCCCGCCGAGUCGCUACUUGCCCUAUGGCACCUCCACCGAUUCCAAGCAUCUCACAGAGCUCCUGAACCUUCGCUAGGUCGACGCCUGCGCACUCCGCAGUCUGCGUUAUAUCUUCAACAUCUAUCUACCCCGAUACCCGAUAUCCCUUCAAUGAAACACGCGAGUCGCUUUACGAACUAAUAUCUCUCAGUCCAAUUC